GUAUAUCCGGUUUAGUUCACUAGCAUAAAGAGCAGGGACGUGCCAGACAAUUUGAACGCCCUGUUGUUGCCUAAAAAUCUAACAGUUCUGCAAAUAAUUGUCGACAACAUGGCAGAGAGUGACUGGGAUACCGUGACUGUUUUAAGGAAGAAGGGAUCGGCUGCACAGUCAAAGUCUAAGCAGGCUAUACUUUCUGCUCAGAGGAAAGGAGAAGCCGUCGAAACAUCGAAGAAAUGGGCUGCUGGACAAAACAAACAGCAUGUUGUGACCAAGAACACAGCCAAGCUGGACAGAGAGACAGAGGAGCUCAGCCAUCAGAGAGUGCCUCUGGAAGUAGGGAAGGUGAUCCAGCUGGGCCGGCAGAAUAAAGGCCUCACCCAGAAAGAUCUGGCAACUAAAAUCAAUGAGAAGCCGCAAAUCAUUGCAGAGUAUGAAUCUGGGAAGGCCAUUCCCAAUAACCAAGUCAUGGGGAAGAUUGAGCGAGCCAUUGGCCUUAAGUUGCGUGGAAAGGACAUUGGUUUGCCGCUUGAUUCUGACCCUAAGAAGAAAUGAGUACAAAAUCCUCGAAAGAUCCACCAUUCACUGAAACCUUUCAGUACUUGUAUGAUCUUUACAGUUUAUCUUUAUUAAUUGCUGCAUUCAUAUUUUCUCGAUUCAAUGGUGGAUCAGACACGCUCAUAUUGCCACCUACACAAAAGGCUUAUUAUCUAACGUUUUAUGUCAGAUGAUGAAGACUUGGAUUAAAUAUAUUUUUUCUUUUUUUAAGCUUGCUCACUGCUUUGAAAUAAAAACGUAUUUCUA